GCAUGCUCAUAGCGAUUGCAUUUUUUUUCCUACAGUAAGUGUUUAGCCUGCUGAAGGUACGUCGGCGUUAAGCUACACCGAUAAAAGUUUCUUUGCGGAUGAAGGUGGUUGUCGGAGAGACUCGGUAGUCGUCCAUGUUUUACAGAGAAAAGUUGUAGUUCCGUUCAGCCAUUUGGCCUGUCGCUGGAAGAAACGGACUAUGUCGGCAAAUAAAACAAAGAAAGUCAAAAUGGCUACUAAAUCUUGUCCUGAAUGCGACCAACAGAUCCCGGUCGCGUGUAAGUCCUGUCCAUGUGGUUAUGUGUUUAUUAGCAGAAAGCUGCUAAAUGCCAAAUUAAACGAGCGCUCCUCUCCAGCAAUAGCAGACAAACUGGACUUUAAGCGGAGGAGGACGGAGCGCAUUCGCAGAGAGAGGAUAGACCCUUCUUUAACGAAUGACAUGGAGAACAGGAAAAGACCUCGGGCCAACAGCCAAUCAGAUCCCAUACGGAGGGGACGUGGAAGACCAAAAACAGUGGGGCUGAAGAAGCAUGAAGAGGAAAAGGAGAAACAAGAGAAGGAAGUGGAUAUUUAUGCAAGUCUGUCCGAUGAAAAGGCUUUCGUGUUCUCCGUGGCGUUGGCUGAAAUCAAUCGCAAGAUCCUGGGUCAAAGGCUCAUCUUAUAACUCAGCGCCUGGAGAACUGAGGACUCAUUGUAGAAAAAAACUGUCAAAAGGCAAGAGGAAGACCAAAGAGAUGAAAGUGGCUCAAGCUGAACUUUGACCUCAGUGCGACUUGGACGAUGGUACAGGACCCUGAAAGCUCCACACUGAAGUGGAUGCAGAUUUCAGCUCUUCAGCACCAAACAGACAUUCAGAUACAGAGUUUUGUAUGGGUGCUUCAAUGACAAAAUAGUUGUUUUAAAAGCAGGGGAAACACGGGUUGAUGACAUCCAUCUUGUGCUACAUUGGAGAGAAUAAAUCCAAAAUGGUCAGAGUAAUACUGAAGGCCUUGAAGUAUGAAUUAAAUUAAUGAAAAGAAGCGACUAAAGAAACACAUUUACCUUUUGAAAUGUUACCUCAUGCAUAUCUUUGGUUGACUUCAUAUUAGUUGAAGGGACCAAGACAUAUAGGCGCCUGUGUGUUUUUUCUUAAAAGUGAAAAUGAUUAAAGUCUAUCAAAACCUAA